UACUUCGUCUAUAGCCAAAAAACGGCGUUAAGACAGCGCUGCACUAGGACCUCGGGGAAAUGAUUUUAACUCGCUCAGAGAGACAGUAAUCUACAAUUUGCAUGUGCAUGCAAAACCAAACCAGGCGGCGCUUGUCCACGAAACUGAAAACACCGGAUGGUAAUCUGACAGCCGAAGACGGAGGAAGAGCUCAGUGGCAAUGGGGGCAUUUCAUUCUGUCCCGGACGAUCAUCAGUAUCGCAUUUUGUCUGAAAAGACAGGCUUUUCACUGGAGCAGAUUGAGAUUCUUCAUAAUCGCUUCAAGCAGUUAAGCCACAACAGUGAUGUUCUACGGCGGGAUGAUCUCAGCACAAUUCCAGACCUAGCAUGCAACCCCAUUCGAUCCCAGAUUGUAGAGGCUUUCUUUGACAGAAGAAAUUUCCAGAAAGAUGGUGAAGGCCCAGUGCAAGAGAUUGGCUUUGAGGAGUUCCUCAUUGUCAUGUCCUACUUUAGACCACCAUCAGCGCAUAUGACGGAGGAGCAGAGAGAAGAACUAAGGAGGGCGAAACUGCGGUUCCUGUUUAACAUGCAUGAUACUGAUAAUGAUGGGACCAUAACACUGGAAGAAUACAGACAUGUGGUAGAGGAGCUACUCUCUCGGAGUGGAUCGCUCGGGAGGGAGACGGCCAAGGGCAUUGCAGAUGCUGCAAUGCUGGAGGUUGCCAGCAUGUCAAUGGGUCGCAUGGGUCCAGAUGAAUUUUAUGCAGGGAUCACAUUUGAGCAUUUUUUGAAGAUUCUGAAAGGGAUAGAAAUUGAAACAAGAAUGCACAUUCGCUUCUUAAACAUGGAUACAACGAUUCUCUGCAAGUGAUGGUGGACAGCUGAACUAAAGUUUAAUUCAAAGGUACAUAACUUUUAUCUGCACUAUAUCUGUAGCAUUAAAUUGGCAAAGAACUGUUGUGCAGCUGUAGUUCUAUGAACUAAUGUGCAGUCACAGAGUUUGUAUUCACAACACUAUGAGUUUGGCAUGUUUAAGUCCACGGACCAUUAUGUCUGUUGAUAUUUAGACUUGUGUAGACUUUGCAUGUGCACCACUGUAUACCACCAAAGUUCACUCAACUCAUACUGGUAACUUAUCUGAUGCUGUCAAUCCUCGCACUUUUAAGCAAUAUGAGUAGAUUUAUUUGAACUCAUUUGAAUGUGUGUUCACUGCCUUUAAUAGUUCAAUUUCUCUUGAUGCAAACACAGGUACUUCAUUCAGGGGCAUGUCAGGUGUAGAAUAGCAAUAAAGAAUCAUCCAUGUGUUCAUAUGAAGUAUAACAAGAUAUGCUUUAAAUGCUGAAGAGCUGAAUGCCAUUAUUGUUCUGAUGUAUGCUGUAUGCACUUUACAUUCUCAUAUUAAUAUAUAAUUUCAAAAACCUC